GUUAAAAAAAUAAAGGUUACUUUAACUUUAAACUCAACUGACAUUUUUCUACAUUAACUUAACUUACCGAGUUAAAAAAAAAAUAGUUAACUUCCCCAUCCUUGCCGGAAUCGCCUUUUGUGUAUACUAAAUUUUCAAAAAUGUAUAAGAUAUCAAACAUUUUCUAAAAAAUAUCGUUUUUUUUUAAAUUAUAUAUUUUUUAAAAAUACCUACAUGUAAGUGCCCAAUAAUAUAACAUGUAAAAUAUUUUUUAUAAUCUAAAUUAUGUAGUGUGUACAUUCCAGCUAUUCUAGUUUAGUUUUAUGAAAAUUGUUUGAUCCAUAUAUCCUACUUGUGAAGACGUGAACGUAUGGCACGCAGAAGGGAACUGGCGAUGCGGAAAAUAGUCAAGAGAACUAGUGGCCAGUUUUCAGACACCGUGGGAAGAGUGGGGGAGUCCAACAUCUAGAUCUAUCGGUGCCCUAAACGACGUACAAUUUCUGCACACAAAACUAAUAAUUAACAAAAAGUUAGAGUCAUCUCAUAACCAUUAUCUCGAUGUGAAUGCUGUAUUUGAUUUUCUUUAAGCUAGGUUCAUAACUCAUAAGUUCACAGUUACGUCGUCAGUGUUUUACACAAUUCUGAUUGGAAUUUGAAUGGUGGACACGAUCGGUUGCGUAGCUGUAACCCAGACCUUCAUUGAGAUAUUAUGUUGUCUGCAAAACAGACUACAUUCUGUACUAAUUUGAAUUAUGUUUUUAUAGGUUCUGACCCUGCGAACGACAUCUGUUAUAUAUAGAUAUUAUAUAUCUCUUUUAAACUUCGUGGUACGGGGCAUUUUACAGUACAUUUUGCCCUUUUAUGGACACGAAUUGCGUGGAAAAGACAGCAACAAUGACUGCUGAUGAUGAGAGAAGACACGUCAUACCCAGUCUGUUGAAGUCAGCUUACCACGCGUGUACCGAACUUCAGAGGAACAAGUACGAUGAGCUGGAGGCUCCGGACGUCAACUUUAGGAUUUGUUGCCAGUCGAUUUUCCAAAUCAUAAAACUGAACACGGAGAGUGGUUGUUUCGACUCGCUCGGCGAUAGACGGUACAUGUACUAUAAGGUGCUGCUAGUCGUCCGUAACAAGUUAAUCAAAAACAUAUGCGAAAAGGCCGCGUUUCACGGACACAUCGAUUGUCUGAAGAUUUCUCGCGAGAUUGGCGUUCCGUGGUGCAAUUCGUCUCAGCGGUUUCAAUCUGAGUGCGAACCGACAGAGUUUCACAGAAUCAUGUAUAGUAGGUCGCACGGUCACAAGCUUAGCGUUCCCUCUUACGAUUCGUCCAGGUGGGCUCAAUCGGCGUGCGACCAGGCUGCGGUAUCCGGAAACUUGGACUGCCUGAUUUACGCACAUGAAAACGGUAGUCAGUGGAGCAUAUUUACAUGCUGCAUAGCUGCGGCUGAAGGAAAUCUGGAGUGUUUGAGGUACGCACAUGAAAAUGGAUGCCCGUGGAACGUUAAUACGUGUAUUGCUGCUGCGUCAGGAGGACAUCUGAACUGUCUGAAGUAUGUACAUGAAAAUGGAUUUGCGUUGGACAAAUUCACGUGUUCUAAAGCCGCUAGAAAUGGAUACCUGGACAUUCUUAGGUAUGCACACGAAAAUGGCUGCCCGUGGGACACGCUCACGUGUUCUAAUGCUGCGAGACACGGGAACCUGGACUGUCUCAGGUAUGCACACGAAAAUGGCUGCCCGUGGGACACGCUCACGUGUUCUGAUGCUGCGAGACACGGGCACCUGGACUGUCUCAGGUAUGCACGUGAAAAUGGAUGCCCAUGGAACCGACUCACGUGUUUUAAUGCUGCGAAAAAUGGGCGACAGGACUGUCUUGAGUAUGCACUCAAAAACGGAUGCCCUAACUACUGACUCAUUUGGUGAAAGCUAAUUAAAAGUCGUUGAAGCCACUCCCGAGGUACCUAAUCAGUGGAAUCUACCGUCUCUCAAAUAUG